AAAGAAUUGUUAAAACAUAAUCUUGAUGUAGGAACAGAAGAAAAUAAUAGCAAAGCAAAAAGACUUCAUGUUGAAAAAGCAAUAAUCAAAAUCCUUAUUGAAACUGAAACUGAUGAUGCUGUAAUUCUAGAAUCAACUGAAAAACAGGAAGAGGUUGAGGAUAAUAAAACAUUUGAUGAGGAAAUGUAUUCAUUAUUAUAUAAUGAAGAAAAUGAAGAAAGGAUUAUGAAAUUUGUUGAUGAAGAAAAAUUAUCUGAAGAGAACAAGCUGCCAGAUACAAGUGAAAACAAAGAAUUUAUAUCUGAUUUCAGAAAGUACCAGGAUAAGAUUCCAAAAUCUAAAUGUGUAUCCUUGCUAUUGGGGCAUACUAGAUCUCACCAUGGAAUCACUUUUAAUUGUACAGAGCUUGACCCCACAGUCAUACACCAAGUAUCUCAGGAAUUCUCAAAUCUGAUCAAUUGGCAUCCUAAACCAGCACCAAAAGUCCUUCAAACUUAUUUUGAUAACAAUUGUAUAAAAAUGGAUGUUGAUGAGUAUGAGAAUUUUCAUGUGAAAAUUCAGUAUAUUAAGUCCAAUAUGAAGUUAUUCAAAGAUGCUUUGUCAGAAGAUGAAUUGAAGUUCACUACAAUGCAUCCAAUAUUUUGUGGUGAAAUCCAAUCCUUAGCUACACAAGAUGAAAGGAAUGCAAAUAACAAUCCACUCCAAAGAAGUCCAUUUGGAUUACCUGCAGCAACCAAGAAGAAGAAAUAUGUUGAUAAGAUAAAACUUUCAGUGAUAAUGAGAGAUGCUUUAAACAAAAUUUUAAAAGGAUGGAAUUUUGUAUCUGAUGAGCAAAGAAAGAAAUUGGUUGUUUUUGGUUGGACACAGAUAGGAUUUGAAGUUAACAUUUAUGGAAUGACAUGGCAUGGUGAUGGUAUUUACUUCUUUGGUUUAAUAGACAAAUGUAUUUUACCAUACAAUGAAAAUGAUUGUGUGUUGUAUGAGGAUAUUUAUUGUAUUCUAAAAGAAUUUGAGGGAAAACGAAGAAAUCUUGUAACUGAGAAUAUUCCUAUUCUAAAUGUGAAUAGAUCUCCUAAAUAA